AAAACCGACGAAAGAGCGGAAGUCUUUCAUCACGAGCCCCGGAUUCAGACCAGACGGACAUCACGAAAAACAGCCUUGGUUUAACAACGCACGAGGUGUAGCAGCAACAUGUCUGACGAGGGAAAACUGUUCGUCGGUGGACUUAGCUUCGACACAACGGAGCAGUCCCUUGAAGAAGCUUUCUCUAAGUAUGGGGUUAUCUCUAACGUUCACGUCGCCAGACAUCGGGACACUCAGCAACCGCGUGGCUUUGGUUUCGUCACAUUCGACAACCCGGAAGAUGCAAAAGACGCCUUGGAUAGAAUGAAUGGAGAGUCUGUCGACGGCAGACAGAUCCGCGUGGAUAAGGCCGGAAAGCCUGGUGGUGGCGGUGGCGGCGGCGGCGGUGGCUACCGUGGCGGCGGAGGCGGUGGAUACGGUGGAGGCUACCGAGGUGGUCGUGGCAGAGGAGGCGGAGGAUACGGAGGUGGCGGUGGAUACGGAGGCGGCGGUGGAGGCUGGUGAUCGGAAGAGCUUC